AUGCGUCUCUCCAACCGCCUCCAGCCAACCGUCUCCAAGCGGAUCUUGCGAGCUGUCUUCUUUGCCGUGCAAAUUGGCUGCAUCGUGCUGGGAUUCUACUGGUUCAACGUGGUGUAUGUCACCUGGGCCGAGGAUCUGCAGUCGCCCGUCUUCCAUAUCUAUUUUCCGAGGUUCCCACUCUCCAUUGGUCUCGUUGUCCUGGCCGUGGCUUUCCUCAUCAUCUCGAUCACCGGCUGCCAUGGCGGAUACCGCUUCUCCGUGGCUUCGAUCUGCAUGCACCUGCCGUGGUUGGUCAUUGCCGUUGCCAUCGAAACCUGGCUUGCACUCGUGUUCCGCACCACCCUCGCCGAGCAAGUCUCUGUGGUCUUGUCGAGCGCCACCAACACCACAGCGUUGCUCUCGCCGGCAUCAACCAGCACAACGGGCCGGCCCCUCGCCAUCGACUGGACUCUCGUCGGGCCUGAUCUCUUUGACUCGGUCGAGGCCUGCUAUCGCUGCUGUGUCCGGACAGGCCGCAUCCUGCCAUCCCAGAAUGCCUUUUGCCAGCGCAACAGCAGCUCCUUCGAAGCCUAUCUGCCCGCAUGCGAAGACUAUCUGGCCUACUACUUCUUCGGCCUCUAUAACCGCUACAUCUUUGAGCUGCUUGGGCUGCUGGCCGUUCCAUCUCUGGCACUUUUGGUGUCUGUGGGUGCGGUGGCCCUCCUCGCCACCGAGUCGAAACAGCGGCCAUCUCAGCCCACGGACGACACUGAGCUGGCACAGACCGAUGGAUGCGCAGAGUGUCGUGAGAGCAUCGAUCGUGUUUACUGA